UUAUAUACAAAACAUAUAAAGUUGAAAGGUAGGCUUGUAGGUUUGUAGUUAGUCACCACUUAAUUAUGACGAGGGCUGCAGUAGGUUGUACAUAGCUGUAGUUGAAAGAAAAACAUUAAUAUGUAUUCAUACACGUAUUAGCGAUUUGAAAGUUUAGCUCGACAAAUAUAAGGACGGAGUCCUGAAAAUGCUAAAAUUCAACACUUUGCACUCAGUCGAUACUGAAUAUUCAGCGGAUUCUAUAGAAUGGUGCACACAUCCACGCUACCAAUCCUAUUUCGUUUGCGGCACUUAUCAAUUAGAGGAGCAAUCCGGCGAUGCAAACGCAACACGUACCAGACGUAAAGGACGCAUCUAUCUCUAUAAGUUUUGUCCAACCGGCAAAAUGCUCACCGAAGUGCAUCGCGUGGAGACAGCGGCGAUACUAGAUAUGAAAUGGUUAACGGUUGAGCCCAACGAAAAUCCUCUACUAGCUGCUGUCAACUCGUUUGGUCAGCUGGAGUUGUAUGUAGUGGAAGGUGAAACCUUAAAAAUUACGAGCAGUUUGGAUUUGAAUGCCGAAUGUGAUGAUCUACUCGCAUUGUCAUUAGAUUGGCGUUAUACACCAGCCGGCCAAUAUCAAAUUUUGGUUUCGGACUCUAAAGGUGCAGUGAAUUUAAUCGAUUACACGCCACAGUGUGAGCUAAAUAAGGCGCAGGUGUUCGCUGCGCAUGGUUUCGAGGCAUGGACUUGCGCUUUUGAUAAAUGGGAUAUGAAUCGUGUUUAUAGCGGCGGUGAUGAUAUACUUCUGCAUGCAUACGAUCUACGCUCCUGUAUGCGUAUAUUCACCAACAAGUCGCACAAUGCGGGCGUCACUUGCUUGCUUAGUCAUCCAGAGUGCGAGCACUUGCUGCUGACUGGUAGUUAUGAUGAACACUUGCGUACAUUUGAUACACGCGCAAUGAAACAGCCACUGGGCGAGUUGAAUCUUGGCGGUGGCAUUUGGCGUCUCAAGUUGGAUCCCUUAAAGCGUGAUUUGGUAUUAACCGCCUGUAUGUACCACAAUUUCAGCAUUGUUCAGCUUUCGCAUGGGAUGCUGGAGGAGCCCAGGCUCGUUGGUGAAUACUAUGAGCAUAAGAGUAUUUGUUAUGGUGCCGAUUGGUGUCGCGACGUGCAAGAUAAAGAGGAUUUGUAUACGGCAACAUGUUCGUUUUACGAUCACAAACUCUGUGUUGCGCAGGUGGAGAAUGAAGAGAGCGAAUGAAAAGCAUCGACAGAGUAACGGUAUCAUCAAUAGGCAUUUGGGUUAUGAUUUUUUAUUUAUUUUUUUAUAUAAUUUAAAAAUUAUUAUUUCAUCAGAAAAAUAUUACUCUCUUGAAAAAAUACAGUUCUUACUCAAAAACAACAAAAAAGGUUCUUCAAUCAAAAUGUACUUGAUUGCAGUAUGAUUUUUACCAACCAGAAUCUCAGGAAUAUAUAUAUUGUAUAUAAUUGCUCCUCCUUGCGUCUUGAUGUUUUCCCAACAAAUGGUGGGAUUU